GUGUGGGACUUGUCACAAGAUGUGGUGGAAGCUGGCAGCCAGGUUCAAAUAGGGGUUGGGCAAAUUCUUGGAGGAAACAGGUAUCGGUAGCUAUUGAGCGCAGGAGUGAGGGGCACGACCUCUGAAUCAGAACUUCCUAGAUCCUAAAUGCCAGAGAUUUGCAAGUGGGACAGGAACGGUGGAAAAAGCCCUGGUCAGACCCUCUUCCCUCUCCCUUUCAGCAUCCGCUCUCUGCCGCUGUGACAGAGGAGCCUGGACAAGAUGGACCGAGGGUCUGACCCAGUCAAUGCAGCUCCUAUGUUCUAAAUGUAAAGCUUCUAGAUGAGUGGAUACGUUGACUUGCCAACACACUGCUACAAUUGCUUGAGACUUGCCACACCAAAAGGAUUCGUUGCAAAUGGCCAUGAGACAGCUUUGAAGGCUCUGGGAAAUGAGGGCUUUUUUCUCUUCUCCUCCCUGGACACUAACAAUGAUCUGUACCUGAGCCCUGAGGAGUUCAAGCCAAUAGCUGAGAAGUUAACGGGUGUUACUCCUGUCUCUGAAUACGAAGAGGAAGAGAUGCUGGAUCCCAGUGGGGAGAUGCUGUCUGUCGCUGCUAAAUUCCAGCCCUUGCUCAUGGAAACGAUGACGAAGAGCAAAGACGGUUUUCUAGGAAUUUCUCACGUUGCUCUGUCUGGGCUCCGGAACUGGACGGCCCCAGCGGCCCCCGUGAACGUGAUGUUUGCCAGGCAGUUCAAAGCUUUUCUCCCUCCAAAGAAUAAGCUGGAACUCGGCGAUCCCUGGUGGAUUAUCCCUAGCGAACUGAACAUCUUCACCGGGUACCUUUCUAACAACCGGUUUUACCCUCCAGCCCCCAAGGGCAAAGAGAUCAUCAUCCACAAACUCUUGAGCAUGUUCCAUCCACGCCCGUUUGUAAAGACCCGCUUUGCGCCUCAAGGCGCUGUGGCCUGCAUCCAGGCAAGCAGCGAGUUUUACUAUACUGUCGCAUUCAGGAUUCAUGCUGAGUUCCAGUUGAAUGAGCCUCCAGAUUUCCCUUUCUGGUUCUCCCCUGGCCAGUUCACAGGACACGUCAUCCUCUCCAAAGAUUCUUCCCAUGUUCGAGAGUUCAAGCUCUUUGUCCCAAACAACAGGUCCCUAAACGUUGACAUGGAAUGGCUGUACGGGGCGAGUGAAAGCAGCAACAUGGAGGUGGACAUUGGUUACCUCCCGCAGAUGGAGUUAGAAUCGAUGGGGCCAUCCACCCCUUCUGUGAUUCACGAUGAAAAUGGAAAUGUGAUUGACAGCAGAGACCCCACGGGGGAGCCCAUCCAGUUUGUGUUUGAAGAGAUAACCUGGCAGCAGAAAAUCACUUGGGAGGAAGCGGCUCAGAAGCUGGAAGUUGCCAUGUAUCCGUUUAAGAAAGUUUCGUACCUGCCCUUUACACAAGCCUUUGAGAGAGCAAAAGCUGAGAACAAGCUGGUGCACUCCAUCCUGCUGUGGGGCGCGCUGGACGACCAGUCCUGCUGAGGUUCGGGGCGGACUCUCCGGGAGACAGUCCUGGAAAGUUCGCCCAUCCUCACUUUGCUGAAUGAGAGCUUUGUCAGCAGCUGGUCACUAGUGAAGGAGCUAGAGGACUUGCAGACCAAGAGAGAGAAUGAAUUCUACAGGAAGCUAGCGGAGCUGCACCUAGAGAAAUACAACUUCCCUGUGGAGAUGAUGAUCUGCCUUCCCAAUGGAACAGUGAUUCACCACAUCAAUGCCAACUACUUCCUGGAUAUUACUUCUAUGAAGCCCGAAGAAGUUGAGAGCAGCGUCUUCAGUUUCUCAACCAAUUUUGAAGAUCCUUCUACUGCGACCUACCUCCAGUUCCUGAAGGAGGGGCUGCACAGAGCAAAACCCUUCUUGCAGACUUAAAAAAAAAAAAAAAAAAAGGAGCAAGUCUAACUUUGGGAGUUGUUAGAGCUUGGUUUUUGGCUGAGGCGGUUCUUCCUCCUCUGUGGAGUAAACACGGUGUGGAUACAGAAAUGCAGAAGAUUCUAGGAUGGCAGCCUUGAACUGAAUGGUAGGGUUGUAGAUUUUAGAACAGCAUCAUUUAAAAAGUUUUAAUUUCUCUUUUUACAUAACUUCCCCUUGCGAGUUUCGGAAACUUCUAGAGGAGCUAAAACACCUUAAUUUAUAAGCCUUUUGUGCAUGUGUGUCACAGUCUGUAUUACCACCCCUUUCUUUUGCUUAAUCUUUACUCUAGAAGUUAUGUCUGGUAGCACUCACGUUGUAGCUAUCCUGAGUGCAGACUUCGAAUACUUGUUCUCCAGGGCCUGACUUCCUUACCCACCGUCCGUACAGCACCACUUGUUCAUGUCACGUGCCACUCUCUAUGAACAAGGGUUGCAGAGCUCAGCUGCCAGUGUAUGAUGCUUUCUAUGAACAUUUAGCAUUUGGUAAUAGUUCUCCUUGCUUCUGGAGCAGUUCAAAUGAGUUGACUCUGAUCUACAAAUCAUUGUGUAGUGUGGGUUCUGGCCUUUUUUUUAGGGUCUCUGUAUUUCCACAUCUCUCAGUGAGAGGGAGAUUGUAGAGUCGACCUGGUGGAACUGGCAGUGGGAAAGUCGUCAUCAAAAUAUGUUCUCAGUGUGUUUCAGUGCUCAGCAUUGUCCUGAGAGCCUUCGAACACUGAGACAUCCUAACCUGAUUCCCAGGUGUUAUUCAUCCAGAAGCCUUUGCAUGUCGUGUACAGCUGUAACUUGCUACCAUCCAUACUUUACGUCUUGCAUGUUUCAUGUUCCCAAGUCCACUGAACAAGCGGACCCAUCAGCUGCAACAGAUUUCUUUGAAAGAGAGGGUUGAGUGUCCGUCUCGCCUGUUAGCUGCUAUAGAAAUGAAGUGUUUUUUCCCUGACAUCCUUGAGAAUUGCACGCAAGAUUUUUUCCAAGGGUGAAGAAUGAAGGAGAAUUUGCCAUCAGACUGGUGAUGAUCCUUCUCCUCUAACAGUCUUCAGUGGCUGCUCUGAUUUGAUCCUGCAGCCAAGAACUUGUAUAAACGUAAAUUAAUUAAAAAGAUGGAGAUGUCCUUUAGAUAGCAAAAUCCUAUUACAGUCCAUGGAUAUAACUAUUGAUUACUUGUUUUAUCAUCCCCUUGAACACUUGCUGUCCUGUCGCUGGGUCAGACAGAAUCAGUGGUAGACAAUCAAAGCAGCCAAUUGCCACAGCCAAAUAACGGGGCUGGUGAUGCUUUUUUUUUCUGCUCGCCGAAGCACGAUUUAAUCUGAAAUGCACUCAGCAGACCAAACAAGAUGAACAGCCCCCAAGGCCCCUGUGCUGUUUGGGAUUCUUGUUUUCCUUCCUUCAUGGGAUGCAUACUUCAGAUUAAAAAACCAAUCUGGUAGAGAGGUCUUUGUCCCAGGUCUGCUGUACUGCAGUGAUUCGUGACCAAGGUACCUGGGCACCUUUGAAGGGUGCCGCUGAGAUGUGAGGAGAUAAGCAGGUAGGCUCAGGCUUUUCCCCGACUGGCCACUCCCCUGGUCCUACUGCCUAGCCCCUCUACAAGAAGGUGUGCCCUGUAAUAAAUCCGUUUUUUAAAUGGGGUGCAGCUCAAUUCACAAAAGUUAAUGAGGGGUGCCCUGGGUCUAAAAAGGUUGAGAACCACCGCUGUAGUGUGUUAAAUAACCGUGGGGGCAUUUCUCAGUAUUAGCUUUAUAACUGUGUGUUGGCCCUGUUCUGCAGGCCUCUGAAGUGGUAGAAGGACGUCACAGGAUCAGGUCUGGCAGGUUUUCGACUGGCGAUUGUGCCAUUUAUCAGUGUUUGUAAACAGUGUUACUGUCUGGAAGCAAAAUCCGAUCCUGACAAUGCAAAUCACUUUAGCUAUUGAUACUGUGAACCAGGCAAGCACUGGGUAGCUCUUAUGCUAAAGGGGCUCUAGUUGCUCAAACUGGGAAUUUCAGGGUAUCUAAUUCCCUUAGCCUCUGUUUCGACUCAACCUUUCGGGUUUUACAGAACUUCGUUGGAAGCAUUUUCAUCGUUUGAUUUUUUUUUUUUUUUUCCCCCUCGAUUCAAAUAAGGGUGGGUUUUAGACUUCAGACCGUUCCCUGUGUAAAUAUUACCGUCACAGGGAAUUAAUUCUACACUUCUGUUUUGGUUUGGUGCAAACCAGGACGGAGGGAAGUGCAGGGCCACGUCUGAACGAGCAGAGAUUGGUUUCAUCUUCUCCAUGUAAAAACGCAUAUAAUGAAAGGAGAGAUGAUCCAGGGCUUUGUCAUCGGUGACUGAUGUUAAAUCCUGAGAGAAGUACCCAUAGUCUGAGUUUUUAAGUCUGUAUUUUACUGCCUGUCUCACUAGUGCUCAUUUGAAGCAGGGAUAACCAUCAGUCAGUGCGAUCGUGUCAGGGCUGCGUCCCAGUGUGAUGGUAAAUCACUUAAUGCCUGUGUUUUGCCCACUGCUGCGCCACGGCAUCACCGGGCACCUCUGGAAAGUAACCCUAAGUCAUCAGGGAGUGGUGCUGGCAACUCCAGGAUACACUUAGUGAGCAAAACCUUACAGGUACAAGCUUUUGGGUUGACAAAAGGUAGCCAGUUCCUAAAACAUUCCCCUUCAAAUUAGGACCAUAAAAAGUAGAUCUGUGGUGACCUGAAUGGCUGUUUUACAUUGCUACAUCUCCCUCUAGUGUCCCUGAAUGCCACUUUUUUCCAUGAAAAUGUGUCAUUUCGCUACAAGUGUAAGCAUGUCAGGAUGGCUUUUGUUUCAGAAACAGACAAAAUUAUUCCAGCAGUUUGGACUGUUCAGUGGGUCUCAACGGAGAGGAAUGAAGUGCUUCUGCUAUUAAUCUUCUAACAGUAAAGCUACCGGAAAGACCCAAUCACUGUUCAUUUACCGCUGGGUUAACGGUUGUUCUAGUUGCGAGAGGUGAAGCUGUGUCUUAAACUUUUUUAAUAUGGGCUGAACACUUUUUCAUAUUUUUACUACAUCAUUCAUAGGGUUUUAUAGGCUGUUUUAGUACCACUGAAGAGGAGGAAGGCAGAGAAGUUUUUCCCCCCACCCACCCCGUCAUCUGUUCUUCAUGACGGUCUGACCUUAAAUCACGAACGGGUCAGGCCUGAUGUUUGACAGCUGUACGGCAGGAGAAAAACAUCUCGUACCCUCCUCUUCUGGGGCUCUUUGGAUCGCUGUGUUUAUAGCUUAUUUUCCGCGAGAGGCGGCUGUUCUCCUGCUGCGGGGGUGUCGCAGCUCUUUUAUACUCUCUCUCGCACGGCCAGAACUGGGGGUCACAAAAUAAACGGAGUACCUAGUAAGUUUCAAA